AUGGCGAACACGGCCCACCUCGUACGCCGGCAAAGCUCGCGCGACUUGAAGCCCCAAAAAAGCAUCGACAAACUCGAAAUGAAGGAGAUGAGGGGAAGAUUAAUGGUGGAAAACAGGAAAAAUGUCACCACUGUCAAUUAUGGUGCCACAAACGCAGCCUUUGAAGACUCCAGUCCUAAUACGAAGGGUAAAGCAGGAAACGGGGGCGGGGGCAGUAAGCUCGGCAGUAACGAGGGGAAAACAAUUUUUCGACCGGAAGCAGGGGAGGACGAGCGGGAAAACUGGGAUAGCAAACUAACGUUUCUAUUAGCCACCGUUGGUUACGCGGUGGGACUGGGAAAUGUGUGGAGAUUUCCAUAUCUCGCUCAAAAGAAUGGUGGAGGUGCAUUUUUAAUUCCGUACCUCGUAAUGCUGGCUAUCGAGGGCAUUCCCAUAUUUUACCUGGAACUGGCAAUUGGCCAAAGAUUACGGAAGGGUGCUAUCGGUGUGUGGAAUCAGGUCUCUCCGUAUGUGGGCGGUAUAGGAAUAAGCAGUGCCGUGGUUUCCUUUAACGUAGCUCUGUAUUACAACACUAUUAUCGCCUGGUGCCUCUUCUACUUCGUUCAAAGUUUUCAAUCGCAGUUACCGUGGGCAGAAUGUCCGAAUAUAUACUUUCAAAAUGGCUCCUAUGCUCCCGAACCAGAGUGCGUGGUCAGCAGUCCAACACAAUACUUUUGGUAUCGAACAACAUUACUGAUAUCGAAGGAUAUCAAUAGCCCGGAGGUAUUCAAUUGGAAGAUUGCUCUGGCGCUGGUGAUCGCUUGGAUUCUCGUUUACAUGUGCAUGAUCAAGGGAAUCGCGUCUUCAGGGAAGGUCGUGUAUGUGACCGCCACAUUUCCAUACAUCGUUCUGAUCAUUUUCUUCUUCCGCGGCGUCACAUUGACGGGAAUGUCGGAUGGUCUACGCCAUCUUUUUACUCCGAAGUGGUGGAAAAUAGCGGAUCCAGUGGUUUGGUUGGAAGCAGGCACGCAGAUAUUCUUCUCGCUUGGUCUCGCAUUCGGCGGUCUAAUUGCGUUUUCCUCUUACAAUCCUGUGAACAAUAACUGCUACCGGGACGCCAUUAUGGUUAGCAUGACGAACUGUUUCACUUCGUUGUUCGCAGGGAUCGUCGUGUUUUCGAUCAUUGGAUUUAAAGCCACCAUGGUAUACGAGCAGUGCUUGUCAGAAAGGAACGCCACUCUCCUCAGCGUUUUCGGACAUUUGAACAAAAUACCAGAUGAAAUUCCAAUCGCUGGCACACUUUUAAACAUCACGACGGGAAACGGAACGUUGGAUAAUUUAAUUAUGCCCGAGCUACCCGAGUGUGAUCUCGAAAAAGAAUUGGAUAAUUCAGCGUCCGGCACAGGUUUGGCAUUUAUUAUUUUCACGGAAGCCAUUAACCAGUUCCCCGGAGCACAAUUCUGGUCCGUGUUAUUCUUUCUUAUGCUGUUCACUUUGGGCAUUGACUCUCAAUUUGGUACCCUGGAGGGUGUCGUCACAAGUAUCGUGGACAUGAAAUUGUUUCCAAAUUUGCGGAAAGAAAUCCUCACGGGUGGCAUUUGCUUGGUUUGCUGCGCUAUAUCAAUGGCUUUCGCCCAUGGUGCCGGUAGCUACGUCUUCGUAUUAUUCGACAAUUUCAGCGGAAAUUUUCCUCUGCUGAUCAUUGCCUUUUUCGAGUGUAUCGCAGUGUCGUACGUGUAUGGUUUGAAGAGAUUCGCCGAUGAUAUUGAACUGAUGACUGGGAACCGUCCAGGCCUUUAUUGGCUAAUCUGUUGGAAAUAUCUUAGCCCCAUGGCUAUGUUAAGUAUUCUAGUUGCCUCCAUCGUGGAAAUUAUUGUUGACGGGAGUGGAUAUCCAGCUUGGAUCGCUAGCAAAGGUAUCACGGAGAGACACGAGUGGCCGACGUGGUCCAUAGUGCUCAUUGGUGUUCUCAUCCUUGCCUCUGUUCUUUGGAUUCCUGAAUGUAGAAUGUUUGGAAUACUCAUAAUCGACGAUAAUGAGAAGGCUUGGUUCCCUGCUGCCGAUUUAAAAGAGUUUCAUGGGAUUGUACCGCAUGAAGUUACGCCGGCUGAAACUUUGUUGUUCUGCAUAAGAAGCGAUGGAUCCGAGGGACUCUGUUGUCCGACCGGCGGUCCAAGUGAAGACGACGAGGACCUCACCUAG